GAAGAACAAGAAGCGGCUGUGUUUGUACUGUAGAUCCUCAUCUAUCUUUUAAUAAUGCAGUCAGCAGAAGAGGGACACGUCACCCCCAUAGAUCUACAAAAUGAAGGAUUCCUAAAGAAACUAAUAAAAAAGGAGGAGGAAGAAGAUGGAAGUUACUUCUGUGAAGGAUCUUUCAUCCCUGUGGAACACGUCACCUCUGAGGAACACCUCACCCCAGUGGACCAACAGUGUGGAGGUUUCCAGAUGAAGCCUGUGAAGAAGGAAGAAGCUGAAGAUAAAGAUGAACUCAAACUGAACAAGGAUUUCCGCUGCCAAACGUCCUCUGGUACUGUCAGCAUUAACACGUCUCUCAGUCCCACACAGGAAGAAGGAAACGUCUGCUCACAGUGUGGGAGGAGUUUCAGGUACCAGUGUCGUCUCAAAAUACACCAGCACAUUCACACUGGAAAAAAACCGUAUCAGUGCUCACAAUGUAAGAAGAGUUUUAAUUCACAGAGUAAGCUCAAAAUCCACCAGCGCAUUCACACUGGAGAGAAACCGUAUCAGUGCUCACAGUGUGAAAAGAGUUUUAAUACAAAGACUGAGCUUAAAGUACACCAGCGCAUUCACAGUGGAGAGAAACCGUAUCAGUGCUCACAGUGUGGGAAGAGCUUCAAGUGCCUGAGUGCUCUCAAGAUACACCAGCGCAAUCACACAGGAGAUAAACCGUAUCAGUGCUCACAGUGUGGAAAGAGCUUCAGGACCCAGGGUGCUCUCACACCUCACCAGCGCAUUCACACUGGAGAGAAACCAUAUCAGUGCUCACAGUGUGGAAAGAGUUUUAAUCAACAGAGUGCUUUCAAAAGACACCAGCACAUUCACACUGGAGAGAGACCGUAUCAGUGCUCACAGUGUGGGAAGAGUUUUAAUCAACAGAGUGCUUUCAAAAGACACCAGCACAUUCACACUGGAGAGAAACCAUAUCAGUGCUCACAGUGUGGAAAGAGUUUUAAUAUAAAGAGUGAGCUUAAAAAACACCAGCGCAUUCACAGUGGAGAGAAACAUUACGUCUGCUCACAGUGUGGGAAGAGCUUCAGUACCCGGGGUGCUCUUAAAAGACACCAGCGCAUUCACACUGGAGAGAAACCAUAUCAGUGCUCAGAGUGUGGAAAGCGUUUUAAUAAACAAAAUGAUCUGAAAAAACACCAGCACAUUCACACUGGAGUGAAACCAUUUCAGUGCUCACAGUGUGGAAAGAGUUUUUAUUGUCAGAGUCAACUCAAAAGACACCAGCACAUUCACACUGAAGAGAAACCAUUUCAGUGCUCACAGUGUGGAAAGAGUUUUAAUUGUCAGAGUCAACUUAAAAUACACCAGCGCAUUCACACUGGAGAGAAACCGUAUCAGUGCUCACAGUGUGGAAAGAGUUUUAAUCAUCAAAGUGCUCUCAAAAUACACCAGCGCAUUCACACUGGAGAGAAACCGUAUCAGUGCUCACAGUGUGGAAAGAGUUUUAAUCAACAGAGUAAUCUCAAAAAACACCAGCGCAUUCACGCUGGAGAGAAACCAUAUCAGUGCUCACAGUGUGGGAAGAGUUUUAAUACACAGUGUGCUCUCAAAGAACACCAGCGCAUUCACACUGGAGAGAAACCGUAUCAGUGCUCACAGUGUGGAAAGAGUUUUUAUUGUCAGAGUCAACUUAAAAGACACCAGCACAUUCACACUGAAGAGAAACCAUAUCAGUGCUCACAGUGUGGAAAGAGUUUUUAUUGUCAGAGUCAACUUAAAAAACACCAGCACAUUUACACUAGGGAGAAACCGUAUCAGUGCUCACAGUGUGGAAAGAGUUUUAAUUAUCGGAGUCAUCUCAAAUCACACCAGCGCAUUCACACUGGAGAGAAACCGUAUCAGUGCUCACAGUGUGGGAAGAGUUUUAUUGAACAGAGUGAUCUCAAAAAACACCAGCGCAUUCACACUGGAGAGAAACCGUAUCAGUGCUCACAGUGUGGAAAGAGUUUUAUUACACAAAGUAAUCUCAAAAUACACCAGUGCAUUCACACUGGAGAGAAACCGUAUCAAUGCUCACAGUGUGGAAAGAGCUUUAGGUUCCAGAGUGGUCUCAAAGGACACCAGCACAUUCACACUGGAGAGAAACUGUAUCAGUGCUCACAGUGUGGAAAGAGUUUUAAUCAACAGAGUACUCUCAAAAUACACCAGCGCAUUCACACUGGAGUAAAACCAUAUCAGUGCUCAGAGUGUAAGAAGAGCUUUAAUAGACAGGAAUAUCUUAAAAAACACCAGUGCAUUCACAUUUCACAGAAAUGAUGCUGUCAGUGUUGGAGCUGCUUUGCUCAUUUAUCAGUGUUUAGACACAAGUGUGACAUAUCAGAUUGUACCAAACAAGCUAAAUUAAUAAAUUAAUAGCUAAUAAUUAAUUACAGGGCACCACUGUCAGUUUUUAGGGAAAUUACCAGGAAAUCCAGAUUUAUAACAGAUCAGUUUGUUAGGUCGAUUAUUUCUCUCACUCAGGGAAUCAAAUUCACAGCGCUAUAUUCUGAAUCAUUCAAAUAUUUAUUGAACUU